AGCGAGGGAGGGCUGAGGGAGAGGAGAGUUGCGAGGCAAAACGGCUGGUCACAUGAGCAGAGAUCUGUUUACAAACCUAAGGCAGAGCAGAGCGAGAGCAAGGGGAGGAAGGGAAAGGCGAACUGCAGGCUCUCUGUGAGCACCAUUGAGGACUGAAAGAGGAAGAGGGGAAGCCUGCCAUGACAAAGCCAGCUGGAGGUGGGAGAGACUAAAUACGACACACGCAGACACACUCCUGCACACACACUGCCUUUGUCUCUGAUUUUUUUUCUCAAUUGAGCGAGCAGAUGGUUAGAGGGAGAGUAGGAUCCCCCCCCUCCCUCCCAACACACACUUACACAAACAUACACUGACUGACACACAAACACACUCUCAACAGCAAAAUACCAAACCCAGCUACAGGACUGUUGUUGCAUGGAGCUGUCUUCACUUUGUUUGGGCUUAGAGAGGAGCACAUCUUUGUCUUUCCACACUGAGGAGGAAUACCCACUGCAAGAUCAGAGGACUGGAGGAGGAGACAACAGAGGACAGGAGAGGGGGAUGAGACUUGUGAAAAUCCUCUGUUAAAAAAGCAGCUUUGGGAGGAAGACAAAGCACAGACUAAUGCCAGAUAAUUACCUUCAGUGGACAAGAGCUGUCAUUUUGAAAGGUGGCUGUCACUGGAUUUGGUGAGGGAACAACGCUGCAGAGGCAAAGUGAAGUCAGAGAGACCUUUUUUCUGCUGAAAAUGUGAGUAUUUCUGCCACCAAACAGUCUGUGCUGAUUGUGACAUUGUAACUGAGGGAGAUUCAGAAUUUCACAUUAACAACUCCUGUGUAACACAUGGUGUGAGGUAUGUGAAAAACAAUCACUCCUUCUCAACAAGAUUUCUUUGUCUCUCCUUCUCUCUCCUGCAAUGACAUCAUUCUUACUGGGAUCUAGGAGCACAUGAGGUCUCCGGUCCUGGUCCAAGCCGCCCCAGUCCAAAAUCUCACAAUCUUUACACCGAGUGGUUAAUCCAGAUUUGGGAAUGCUGGGCGUCACAGGCUGCUGAGCCAACAAAACCGCACCUCCUGAAGGAUUUGUGGAAUCUGAGCAAAUCUGAAAAUCUUGAUGGUUGUUUUUUGAGGAAAGAACACCACCCCUGAAAGAGAGCGAUUCAGGUCAGGGUGUCUGACUCCAGGCUCCAAACAGCUCCAGUGUCCUGAGCGCCGGCCCACGAGUUUGGCUCCUCUCCAAACCUUCUCCUGACAGGGCCCUGAAUUUACUGCUGCUGUGCUGGGAGUCAAAUUUCAUGCAACCAUUCCAAUGGUGUAACGGUAAGUGAGCUGAAUUCUCUGCCAUCUGCCAAAUACAGGAGACAAUAGCACAUGCACUAGUUCAUAAACUCGAAGUUACAGCGUGCAGGCUUUUGUGAUCCACAGCAUGAGUGUUCUUGUGAGAUGAUAAGUAACUGAGAAAGUGAGGGAGCUGCAUUCAAGGUCAUGUUUGUUUGACAGCCAUGGCAACUGGGACUAACAGUAAUUCUUUCUCUCAACUAAUUCCACAUUCAUAUUUUGCCACUUUUGACCAACUCUGACAUGCAUCAUUGCAACUCUCACCACUCCACUCCAGGUCUUCCCCACGCAAAACCCCUACCACGGCUUGUAAAUCCCCCAUCCCCCAGCCAUGUUAAAUCAUUCAACCCAUACCCCCCACAGUGUGCAAGCUGUACUCAUUGAUCCCCCUGAAGAGAGACACAUGGACAUCUAGAGGCUGGCAAAGAGCAGCCUCGCCGCAGAUUAAUAGGAACACAUGUGGCCUGUGGAAGUGGGGCUUCCUCUGCUAUUGUUUUACCAAAUGGUCCUUUAGUCCCCAGAGUUCAUUCUGUUUAAUGGACCCCACCCCUGACCACCUGCAACAUACACAUGUACACAGACAUGCACACAGAUAUAUCUGUCAACAAAUACACACACACAGACAGACCCCACCUCCACCCCAGAGCUGUCACACACACUCACACCCCACCAGUCACCUCGAUGGAGUCUGUGGAACAGAUGGUGGUGUGGCGGAAGUGUCGUCUCUCCUCCGUGUUUGUCUUGUUCACAGCCAAUUAACGGGGAGUCCUAUGAGUGCCUCAGUUGCCACCACAGUGCCAGUCACAGCUCUCAGGACACACCUGCAUCCAACAAACACCAAUAAUUACACCAAAUCCUCUGUGAAUAAUUUUGUUACAUUUUUAAGCUGGAUAUUAAAUCUCGAGUAAACUUAUUGUGAAAUUUCUAUCUGCUGACAGUUACAGACUCGGAGCCGAGUGGCAGGAGAGGUCUGGUAGUGCAGACUGACAUUAUAGUUAAUGAUCAACAAUCCCCACUUCACUGCCAAGAUUCCUCUUGCUCUUUAUUGUACAAUAUAAACUCACUUUUUACUGCUAUUACACGGCUCACUCAUUCAUUGACAAAGUAAAAUGAUUAACUCUGAUCUCAAGAGCUGAAAUCCUCUCAAACUUUGCUUCGUCAGUACAAAUUGUAGCAUCUAUGCUCAGUGCAACCAUUUAGACUCCCCUUUGUAGACUGAUAUUGUUAAUGCAAUGUGGGAACCUGGUUAGUUGUGAUAUGAAAGUAAACAGUGAAGCUGUUCUACUGGAUAUUGUUGUGUUAGUCAAGUUCUCCUGUUAGGAGGUAUGUCCUGUUUUAAAGCCUGAGGCUGACAAACAUAAAAGUGAGGGAAAACAUAUACUGUAUGUCUUUUAGGUGUCAGAGUCGUUUCACCAUGUAAAAUCUGGUUGAAGCAGACUCAUUACACUAGCAAAAGCUAACUUACUGGACUCUGCAGGUGACCAGCUAAUUAAAUAUAAAAUAUCUAAUCUGAACCUGCAAACUCUUCCUUGCAGGAUACCUGUGUGGUUUGGGUUUUCAGUGCUCUGAACACUACUGCAGCAUGACGUCUGAAAUCUAUCACCUCCCGCUCAAUGUGUAUGUCAUUGUGCUGGGCAUCGGCCUCUUUGUCUUCAUGCUCAGCCUCAUCUUCUGUUGCUACCUUUUCAGGUAGGUGAAGGGUGUUUGCAAUACUCGGCAUAAGCAGGAGCAUGAGUAGACAAGUCUGAAAGAAAAAAACAUCAACAACAACAGACAACAACAGACAGGUUACAGAAUUUUUGUGAAAGCCACUUUCCAAAUACAUAUAAACAAGCACUGCCCAAUCAAGAGUCCAGGACUAGUCCAUGUCAGAGCUUUUUGGAGGGGGUGCUCAUCACAUCAUUAUAGUCUAUGACUAUAUUCAACUACCUCUCUCAGCCAGUCUCAUGUGACCAGCUAGCCUAUGCUUGCAGGACUGUGCUCACUCACACUAAGUGUAGUCAUGUGCACACAACAAAAGUACCUGUGGAGUUUUUAUUUUUUUUAUUCACAGUGGAAAUUAAUUAAAAAAUAAAUCAAACAACAAAAAACUUGAAUCUAAAGUUAAAUGUCCUACACCAGUACUAAAAACAGAUCUGACAACUUCGUUCAGUGUGAUAGGAUCAGUGUUUGCAGCACCAAAACAUAUCACUAACUCUGCAGUUCUACAAAAUGUCAUGGUUUGGUUUUGACUCUUUCCUUUCAUUGCUCUAAUCACAGCAGUUUUUAGGGAAAAGCUUUCAACUUCCUGCCCAGUUAAAAAUUAACUAUCAAGCACAGUGAUUCACCUACAUACUGACCAGCUAGCUACACUUAAAUAGGAACAACUACAAGUUAAUUAAGAAUAUUACAAAAAAUAAUAAGCUGAUGUUCAACAGCCACUGUUCCAUAUCUCCUUUAGGAGACAACUUUGUUUACAGCUUGUUGAGCUGCGUCAAAGCAGACAAUUAAUUAUUCAUGCAUAUUCACAGACCAAGUUUUCUAAAACAUUACUUGUGUAAUCAUACAGUUGAACAGUGAUAAAACCAAUAUGUUUUUUUUUACAGUGCCCAUUUAUCCAACAUCAUUCAUCAGUAUUUAGACUCCAGCACUAAAUAGUAGGGAUAACAUAAGUCGGAGACUUCCAGCAUAACAGCCACUGAUUUCCUGAUACAAAACCUCUCUACCUUGUCAGCUGGUUGCAUGUGGCUAAUCGUGCUGUUCAAUCAAAUAUUCUAAACCUUUUAAAUAAAUGGACAUUCAUGAAUAAUCAUGUAGAGUAAACCAUAUGUCCAAAUGUUAAUUUUAAGACAACUUUAUAUGAAAAAGAUAAUUCAUGAACACUUUAUAGAUGAGUCUGAGAAAUACUUUUAAUGCAUACAUCUAUUUGCUCAAGAAGCUGGUAAUCAACUAAUGACUAAUGAGGAAAAAGUUUGUAUUUUUUUUUGGAAGUGUUUAUCAAAUAUUCUGUUCAUAUGAGGAUUUAUUUUGCACUUUGUCUGCUUGCAUUUCCCUUUUUAGAUCCUAAAAAUAACUUCAUCAGAUCAACCUAAAGUGGUGAAAUAAAAUAAGUCAGAAGACAGACAAAGAAAAAGUAAACUAUUAUUUUGAAUAGUAAAUGAGAUUUUUGAGUUGUUGAGACAGUCACUUUAACUGUACUGAUGUUUGCUCCUCUCUGCCUCUGUCAGGUUGAAACAACAAGGAACGAGGGAGCAGUUCAGCUACAAUGAGGUAUGUCACAGCUGUAUGUGUCAGUGGGUGAACAUGUAACACCAGCUUCUUAGGCAGGAUAUAAAUACUACAACAGCAUAUCACAGCGUUAUUGUAAACAGUGAAACCCAACACCACCUUUAAUAGCUGACCUUGACUCCACAUGUAGUCUUACACUGAUUCAAAGCUGUUCACCGAGUAGAUAGUGGAGUGAGACAGCGUGACGGUAGAGGUGAAUACACGGUUAGUGACUUUGUUCUCAGCUUCACUGACAUUUGAACUCCAGCUGCAGCGGUGUCAUUGACUGUAUUAUUGAUGACAAAUUUUCUCAUUAUAAAUAAAAAGUGUGUACAAUCUUGAAGGCAUGUUAACAAAGUCUUUUAAUCCUUCUGAACUGAAUUUUUACUGAACUUACAAUUUUUACAAUAUGUCACUCACAUGAACCCUUGCUUCUCUCCCUAAUUUUACUUUCUCAAUUCCAGGUGGUGCUGAAGGGAGCAAGCAAGAAACUCAGCCUCCUAGGAGUAAGUCUGUCUUUCUGCAAAACAUCCUCUCAUGUUUCACAUGUGUAAAAUCUCUGCAGCUUACAGACCUACUGUUGCACGCACAUGCUGCUUCUUUUCUGCAUCCAGUGCCUGGGUGAUCGGGUUGAUAAACAUCAUAAAUUUCUUAUCUUGUAUUUGAUCUAGUUGCCACACAAACUGAGUCCUAAAAAUAUCUUGUUUCUUGAUCGCAGCCUUUUGAACACAGUGAGUGCCUGCUUGGCUCUCACUAUGUUGUAAAAUGUAGGGCUCCAGAAAUAACUGCUCUCAUUCAAAAUGCAUUAUAAAAAGGUCUUGUGUUCUGUGAUUGCUUUUUAAGUAACGCCACUGUUCUCCCAAGGUAACUGUGGUUGUUAGGGGUAAUUUUAUUUUUUUCUUAGUUUCUUCUUUUGUUGCUACAAGCAUAAGUUUAUUCCUGUGACAGGUAAAAAUAGAUAGACAGGACAAAACUAUCAUUUUACCUCAGAAUUUGCAUAUUGUGUAAUGCUCCUAGUUAAAGUUCAAUUGAAUUUAUAUACAGCUUCAAGUGCCACUUUACUUUGACUUUUGCUUCAUUGUUGAAAAUCAAAGCAGAAAAAAAGAAGGCUAACGCAGCAGGGAAAAAACUUUGUCUCAGAGAGGAGAAGUAAAAGACAUAAAACACCUUGCUGAUAUUUUUGGUCCUACUCAGACUGACCUUGCAGUAAUUCCUGUUUUUGCAGCAAACUUGCGCCGUGUGUUUGGAGGAAUUCAGGACCAGAGAUGAACUUGGUGUAUGCCCUUGCUCACAUGCAUUUCACAAGAAGUAAGUACCCAACUGGAAAAAUAUAUAGGGAAAAGUAAUAAGAUGAAAUUAACAGUUUGAAAAACACAUUUGCCCCUGGCUGAGUAUAUGACAAAAAAGGAUACGACAUUUAUGUCUGUAGGCUACAACAAAAUCUUCAAUUGUUAGCUUAGCAUUAAGAGAGAAGAGCUAACACUCUCCACUUGUUGCUUGGCAACACCACAUUGUUUAUAAGGCCAUCUUUACUUGAGGGCAAGACAAAAGUCUGGACAAUAACCACAAGUUCUGUCUAACUCUGUAUGGACUUAAUGAAUGAGUAUUAAUGUAAUGAGCUGUCUAGUUUUUUCAUACUUUAAGACACAGGUUAGAGUAGCUGUGGCCAUAGAUAUCAUUUCACUAGAUGCCUCACGACCCUGCUUCGGAUGCGUCAAGACCACCAAGAUGGUGGCGGUCUCUUGAUGUAUGCGCUGUUGUUGUCUUAUAUGGGUUGUGAGGCAUCUAGUGAUAUGAUAUCAGUAGCCGUUAUGACAUUACAUAUAUGAACUUUGGAAUAAUUCACCACAAUUUUUUGAUUGUUACUUUUUGGUGUAUAGAAGAAGGCUGUUUUUUUUUAGAUGUUUGGUACUGAAUAGUGAUAGAGAGCUUUUUUUUUUUUUUGAAAUGUUGUUAAGAGUGCACCCAUAGACUAUAAAAAUACAUGGACAGCACAGCAGCUCUCAAAAGUGAAGUCAAAUAGAGCUCCCCUAGUAACUGGCUGCAGUGUCUUUUAUGAUGGAUGGAAAUGGAGUCAAACUAAUACAUUAAAAUACACAUCUGUCCGUCAUAUCAGUACAUGCUGGUUCAUGUCGCAUGUUCCUCUCUCAGAGGUCAAGUUUUGGUCAUUUAAUUGUGAAACAUAAAAAACCAAGACAGUCUCCUGCAGUAAUUUUGAAUGAGCAGAGAAACCAUGCCUCAAAUUAUGACCCCACCACAUAUUGUCAGUGCCCCUCAAGGCUGUACUUUGGCUUCACCGCUUUCAGCUAGAGGAAAUUUAGGGCCCACCGUCAAUAUUAAUAUUGAAUCUAAAGGCACCUUAGAAUUGUUUCAUGUAAGUUUCUUGACUCUGUAAAAGAACCCCCCUGACUUAGUUAUGACACUUUAAAUUGUUACUUUUUUUACAAUAAAAAUGUUGAUUUAGACAGUUGAAGUUAUGCCUUGAAAACGAGAGUCUCACGUUAGAUUGUAAUUCAAGUGGUGACUGGUAUUGUACUUUCAGGUGCCUGCUAAAGUGGCUGGAGAUCCGCAGCGUGUGCCCCAUGUGUAACAAGCCCAUCCUCCGGCUCCAUAAUGAUGCGCCCCAGGGUGCUGAGGGCCCACUGGACCCAGAGGAGGUGUGAAACAACUAAGAGGAACUUAUCCUUUCAGAAAACACACAUCAAACAUGCAAAGGAUGAUGAACAGCGGUCAUCUUUAACACAUCUCACAGGAAAUGUUGAAAAUGAUCCCAAGUGGCUGCCCUGCUGCUGACCUUUUACCAAUAUGCCUUGGUAAGACUUGCAUAGUGACAGAACCAAAACGAUUUGGUCAGACCAGUCAGGGAGAGGGUGGAUGAACAGGACCUUUUCAUAAAACUGCUCCAACUUCUCCUUCCAUAUUGCACUGUUCACCACUAAACAGAUUAAAGGAGCCGCAUUAGAGAGCAGGAAAUCAUUGCCACUGUCAUGGAUGACUGGUGCAGCACUGCCAGAGACCACCAACACAACGGCUCUGAGCAGGACAUCAGAGUACAGGAUCAGUAUGGAUACCUCUAAUAUCUCAGGGGUGUUACCAAUACAGCCAGCACAAACCAUAUCAGUCACCCAAUAACCCUGUGCCACACAUGCAUCUUUGAUACUGCCAAUGUAGGUGAAAUUCUCCAGCAGUCAGAGCUAGCCACAAUCUCUGGCUGAACACAAGACCAGCGGGAUAACAACCAUGACAAUUAAGUAGACGAUAUUGUUACCAACUGUGACCCCAGCCCUUCCCUUUUUAAAGAAAGAGACUGAUAGAAAACUAGUCUUGCCUGUAUGUAUUGUAUGUAAACAUGUCCCUAUAUAUUGUUAUUUUGUAUUUGUUGCUUUUAAAUAAAACGUCACGUCACAUAUGUAAUACUGUAAUGGAGUUCGGAUUUAUUCAAAGGUUGGUGGAGGUCAAAAAAGGCCCCUCAGGAAUAAAGAAAAAAUCACUAAAGUUAAA